UUCGAGUUCGCCUUCCCAGCAAAGAGCAGCCUCUCUCUCUUCCUCCUCUCUUCCUCCUCCCCUGCCUUUCUUUUGGUUCCGCGCCAUUUACGUUGGAAAGCUUUUGGUUCCAGUUGAUCUGUCUACUUGGCUUUCUCUCUCCGCAACCGCCGAAAUAGCAAACAUCUGCGAUUUGAUAUUGCCGAUACACAUACACCGCCCCCUGAAAUCCCACACUCUUUGUUUGAUACCAUGAAGUUCAUUUCCUUUGCUGUCGCUGCUGUUGCGACCACCUUCAGCGCUGUGUCUGCCCGCCCCGUCCUGCGGAGGGCCAACAGCUGCGCUUUCCCAUGGGUGGCCAACAACACCGAUAACGUCGUUCCGAUCACCCCCUCGGCCAAGAAUGCCGGCUGGGCCAUGUCUCCGGACCAGGAGUGCGCGCCCGGCAGCUGGUGCCCGUACGCGUGCGCGCCCGGCUACUACUCGGCGCAGUGGGACCCGUCCGCUACCCUGUACAAUGGCCCUGGUUCCAUGAACGGCGGCUUGUACUGCGAUGCCAACGGCGUCCUGUCGAAGCCGUUCGCCGACCGCGCGUACUGCGUGCCUAGCAUGAUGAACGCCUACAUCGAGAACAGCCUUAGCCACUCUGUCUCUGCCUGCCAGACCGUGUACCCCGGCAACGAGGCCAUGAUUAUCCCGUCGGUGGCCCAAGCCAACAGCAACGUUAGCCUCAACAUUGUUCCCAACACCUACUGGCUCGGUGUCUCCUCGCAGUUCUACGUCAACCUGGCUGGCUCCAACGCCACUCAGUGCGUCUGGGGCAACGACGACAAGCCGGUUGGCAACUGGGCUCCGUACAUCUUUGGCGGUGGCCAGGGACCUGACGGCAACACCUACAUCAGCGUGCAGUUCAACCCGCUGUACACGGCCAAGGGAUACAAGGUUUCUGAUGCCUACAGCGUGCGUAUUCAGUGCGAGUCUGGCUUCUGCAACUUCCCCGCUGGCGGAGAGUGCAAGUGUGAGGGUGGCAAGUGCUCUGUUGACAACGGGUGCACUGUCACUUUGACCGGCGAUGCCAAGGCUAAGUGGGUCCUCUACUAGAUGUAGCUGAGAUCCGACUUGAUAUUCCCCAUGUUCCUUAUACCGCUAUCCUAUUCUUGCCCGCGCCUUUAUACAGUUGCACCUUUAGUUAUACGAACUCUAAAUAAAAAUUGGCUUCGAAAGCCAUACAAGAAUAU